UUCUUCGUCAGGUUUCCUCACUAUUCGCGUCGUGCUUCAUCCUCCAGCACUGUUUCGUCGCUCCGCAGGUGCUGACUGACUUCUUUACGCUUGUCACUCGAAGUCUUCAUAGUCUUAGUGAAAAUGAGGUUUCGAUUUCUUUAUAGAAAGCGGCGUCCACCUGCUGCUUGAUUACUUUUUAGAUAAUAGGUGAAUAUGUAUAGCUGAUAAGGAUGCCACGCCACGUAGUCCAUUGCGUGUGACCUACUGACAUCGACCUCGAAGACUUAAGUGUUUCGUGUUACAUCGCCGGUAUUUCGAGGUCGUAGCGGAGGAGCAACAGGGAGAGUUAUGGGAGGGUAUUGAUCAGCCAGGCAGCAGCAGGUGUGGAGCUCUGGCCUGACGAAGGUGGCGAUAGUUCAGCACGGCAGGCGCUCCAGGCAACACCACCUCGGUGUUCUUCUCUGGCAACAGCCCAGCACAUGGCGCUGCCGUUGUCCAUGCCGCCACUCAUCCUCCUCGCCUCUCCACUGUCACCUUCACGGCCUCCCUCAGGAACGUAAAUAUUUGGUUACAACAGCCGGAAUGAUGGCGUCAUGAAUAAACCAGAAAACAGAAUGGAAUGUGACACGAGACUGCACCUGCACUGACACAACAGUCUUCCGUCACUCCGCCUUCCCGGGAACACCACCCACCAUGACCCCGCUGGUGGCUGCUCCUCGCAACUCUGGCCGUAACUUUAACACUAUGGUUUCAAAAACACCACGUGGGGGCAGCAGCAGCCUGUCGCAAAAAUCUUCGGAUGAAGGCACACACUAUCACGUUCACUACCACUGCCGGUGCGGGAAGAACCCAUAUGCCCUCCCAGGAAAACACAUCACGCUCGGCGAGGCGAACGACAAGCACGUAGAAAACCUCGGUCAUUUACCUUUCCUCGACAUAAUACCUCCAAGUUUUACUAAAAAUAAUAAUGGUAAGACGAAAAUUGAAUGGUCGCGACACUCGGCUCCCCAAACUGGAGGAUCGUUUCGAUUAAAAUGGGCGAAGCACAGUGUGACGGAGAAACCAACCAGGACUUCCACGAAAAGGAAUGCGAAAGACUCCGCUGCGGCGAGGAUGGCCAAGACCAAGACGGAGACCACCGUUCGCACCUACACCAAGGAUGGAAAGCGUUACGAGGAGACGACGGUGGUUGAGACGAAGGAAGAGGAUGAUGGGACCAUCACCACCACCACCAAGACCACCACCAAAACCCUCGGCUCGUACACCACCAAGACUGUGACUGAGGGCGUGGAAGGGAUCAAGCUAAGCCAAGGGGGUCGUGCGAGUCGUGUGUCGUCCACCAGCAGCAAUGACUCCUCUCCCACUCGAGUUAAAUCCCAACAAAAGACAAGGAACGAGGCUGAGACCAAGACGAAGAAGGGCGGGUUGCUGAGCAAGUUUAAGGGUGGCGACAAGUCAUCGGAUUCCAGCGACGACGAGGAGGACUUCGCCAAGAGCGUCCUGAACAGUGUCAAUGAAUACAGGGCGAAGCACGGAGUGGCCAAGCUGAAGCUGAGCAAGGAGGUGUUCGCCAUAGUGAUGCUGAACAAAUACGCCAAAAUAUGGGCGAAGAAGCUAGCUACAGACGAGAAGAUGUCCCACAAUCCUGACAGCAAGUACGGGGAAAAUGUCUUCUGCCUCAGCUCCAACUCAACCAACUUCGAUGCGAAACCCAAGGAGGUGGUGGACCACUGGUAUUCCGAGGUGAAGGAUCACAAAUUCGGCGAAGAGCCUAAAGGAACGGCGCUCAAGUCUGGUCACUUCUCGCAGCUGGUGUGGAAAGACACCAAGCACAUGGGGGUAGGGAAGGCGAGGAGCGCCGCGGGCACCAAGGUCUUCGUGGUGGCUAACUUCGACCCUCAGGGCAACUGGAUGGGCCAGUUUGCCGACCAGGUCCCGCCUGUUGGUGGGUUCACCAGGACGGCUACCUCGGACAAGCCAUUAAAAAUCAACAAGACUCGCAAGUCUUCCUCCUCCAGUGAGUCCUCUUCCGAUGAGGAAGAUUUCGCUGAAGACUGCCUCAAGGCCCACAAUGACUAUCGCAAGAAACACGGAGCCCAACCCCUCAAGCUGAGUAAGAAGCUGAGCAAAGUGGCGAAGGAGUGGUGUGAGACAAUAGCCAGGAAGGACGUGCUGCAACACCGCCCCAACAAUCAGUACGGCGAGAACCUGUACUGCUACUACUCGCCAGACCCCAAGUUUAACCUCAAAGGGGACGAGGCAGUCAAAUCGUGGUACAGCGAGAUCAAGGACUUCAGGUUUGGAGCAGAACCCAGGGAUCUCAGAGCUGGUCACUUCACGCAGGUGGUCUGGGCUGACUCGAAGGAGCUGGGAGUGGCGCGGGUCAAGUCCAGGUCCGGCAAGACUUACGUGGUGGCUAACUACAACCCUCCCGGUAAUUUUGUGGGCAGCUUCGCAUCCCAGGUGCCGAGGCCUAAAUAAACAGUAACCACCCAGCACACACCACACACCGCGAACCUUGCGUAGCCUACUGAGGUUCGCGAAGCAACGUUAUUGGACAGUAUUUCCAUUAACCAUUAGGUGUUAAUUACUAUUAUAACCAUUAGGUGUUGAUUACUGUUAAUUGAUCCUUUCUUGAUGUACUAGAGAGGAGAGGAUCAUUAUAAGCAAGAUGCUAUAUUACGUAUUUAACUAUUUAUGCGACCAAAAACCUGUACUCUGAUGAUUCCUGUUGAGUGACCUGAUCAUAUUGUAUAGAAACUAUUACGUCCUAGAAAUUGUGUUGAUAUGAGUAGCAUCAUUGUUGCAUUUGAAGUGAUUCUCUGAUUCGAACAAAAUCAAAUCAUAGUUGUAUAUUUAUGUAUAUAUGUGUGUAACAUAUUGUAUACUCGCAUGUCUAUUCGUUCCACGCGUAUACAUAUUUUUUUUUUUUUUCAUAAUUUCAAACAUGCAUGGAUACUAAAAUUGAAAAUAAGAUUUUUUCUUUUAAGGAGAAAAACAUUUUUUCCUGAGUUUUUAAAUAAUUUAUGCAUGCAGUCGCACAACUCUCAUUUCAUGUUCUUACUAUUUAUUCUAUAUAUCAUUUAAGAUUAUUAUACUGGGCUUUACGACACUGAAACAUUAUACUGUGAUGAAAUACAGCCUGUGAUUAUAUACUAUUAAAUAUCAAAGGCACUUA